AAAAAAAAAAGCAAUGAGCUCGACGAGUCACAGCUGUCAUGACUCAACACUCGCAUUGUUUUCUGGACUGUUGACUGUUGGUCCAGCAAAAGGUCAACAUUGUGCAAUCAGAGAUUUACAAAGCACCUCCCCCUCCGCUGAAUCUUCUUGGCCAAUCAGGAGUGCGAAUGUCAACCAAUCAGGGCCGGAGAGCCCAUUUUGCCGCUCAGCUGGCCUAAUGAGCUGCGGCCUGUUUUCAAAUGCAAACGACAUCAAGUGAACUGAAUCAGUGUCCAAAUCCAAAAUCAGGAGGGAAGGAAAAAAAAAACACACACACACACACAAGUGACAUUGAGAACGGGGGGGGGUCAGUGAAGGAAGCGACGGAAAGCUUUUGAAAACAAAAGCGUCCCGAGAGCAAAGUGACGCAGUCCUCGGGCGAGUCAGCCGCCGCGGUUGUUGCAAAUGAGGAUGAAGCCCAAUGAAAGGAAGCGAGCCUUGUUGGCCAUCAGGGAAAACAUUGAGAUGGAAUUGUUCUCGUCUGAAGAAUCCUGCGAGGCGCGAUCAUCAACGCAAGAGCUGCAGGAAGAGGCUCGCUUUUACCAGAACUUGGAGCACCCUCUGGUCUGCAUUUGUGAGGAAGAGCCGACAUUGGAAGUGCCAGGCCAUCAAGACAGACCACAGAAGACCAAACCCGACACGGUGACCCCUGUCAGGGAAAAUAAAACCGGUGAAAGCCGUCCGCUUCCACCUGUCUUCAUGGAGGACAUUGAGAUAGAAAUGGAGGUGCUUCCUCACUACACAAAGUCUGAGGCUCAACGCGUAGGGCUCAUCACCCCGACGUUUCACGCAACCUCUUCAAACAAAGCAAGUCGAAUGAAAUGGAAGCGAGUGACUCCGCAGACGAGCGGCCUGGAGGUCAAAGAUGUGCUGUGCUUACCCAGAGGUCACUACGACGCAGAAAGCGCCAGAAACGGCGCGCCGCAAGGCAAAGAGCGAGCGGCGCUCUCGGCGAUGGGACUGAGCGCCCGGAUCACCAUCGACCGCCGAUGGUCCGCCAAACAGAUGGAGAGUCGCUUGGCGGCGCUUUUCCGAGGGCGGGUGGCAAAAGGGAGCGGACAAAGGUUUUCCUUUUCCUAUUUACAGUGCAUCCAGGGGGUUCUGUUGCCCCCGGUGGCACCUGCGGACGGCUGGACUGCAGCGCGGGUCCUCGGGAUCGCGGGACCGGGUGCUCUGUAUAUAUUCUGCCACCAUGAACACAUGCAGGGGAGAAUUUCGUCUGCAGGAAUCGAGUGAGAGAUGCCAAGAUGGAGAUCAUCCACAGGACCGCCGCGACCCGCCUCACGCUUGACCUCCGGUUGACGGCGUGAGCUUUAGUUGUUCCAAUAACAACAAUUAAAAAUCCGCCACUGAUCAGGAUCAUGGAAGGAACGACUCUCGUUGAAGUAGAACUGCCAAAUAUCAAUUCCAAAAACGUUCCUUCAUAAAAUGUCUUCCAAAUUGUAGUUGGACCUUGUUUGAAUGAAAACAUUUGACUUGUAGGAGGUCAAAAGGUCGAAAGGUCACGGAUCACUUCCGGUCCACAUCUUGCCGGGAUUGUUCCAACUAUUUUUGGAUGAUAAUCACGUCACCGAGGGUUUGUUGAUGAUGAUGAUGAUGAUGACUCGGCUUGCUAAUUGGUCUCUUUCCUGGCGGUUUUUAAAAAUGAUUCGUAUGGACGCAUGAAAUCUUGUGUUUUGUUUUGUUUUUAAAUAGGCAGCCACUCUUUCGGGUGCCUUUUGUGAGCGUGUGGAAACGUCUCAGUCAAAACUGCUAACAAAUAAACCCCAAAUCAAGUUUCCGUGUAACGAGGGCUUUCCCUGACCUUCAAAUAAGGCAACCGAAAGAUGACUACAAUCGGAGAAAAAUAUUUAUCUAAUUGACUGGACGUUUCGUAACUGACCAAAGGUUUGGCUUUUAGUGUUUGGAAUUGUUCUUAAAUGCUUUCUGAGUGGUAUGACAUUAAACAUUUGAGUUGACCGAACAAA